AUGUACUCCAACUCGAGCGCCUUCCUUGGAGGAGGCAAUAGCCAACGCCCCGGCGGCGGCGGCGGCCAGCAAUAUGGCUUCAACGCCGGCAUGGGCGGAGGCCAGCAGCCCGGCCCGUUCGCGCCGCAGCCGACGGGCUUCGGCCAGCAGCAGCCGCCGCCGCCGCAGCAGCAGCAGCAACAACAACAGCCGAUCCAACAGCAAUAUACCGGCUUCCCGAUGCAGGCUCAGCCGACGGGAUUUGGACUGCAGCCUCUGCAGCAACAGUAUACUAGCUUUCCGGGCCAGAGCCAGAGCCAACCCCAGCAGAGCUUCCAGUCAGGGGGUCCGCCGAUGCCGGCCAUCCCGGCCCAAUUUCAGCAGCAGUUCCAGCAGCAACAGCAGCAACAGCCCUCGUCGUUGCAGCCUCAGCAGCCGACGGGCUUCUCCUCGUCGCCGCAGCAGGCAUCGGGCCCCUCGCAGCCGCCGGUUCCUAUGAAGCCCCAGCCGACCGGCUUCUCCGCCAUGGCGGCUUCGUUCCAUACGGGGUCCGGGUCGCGGCCCCAGGAGCCCGUGCCGGCACCGAAAAAGACGAACAAGAUUCCUAACAUUCGGCUGUCGUUCAUUACCGCGCAAGACCAGGCCAAGUUCGAGACGCUUUUCAAGUCUGCCGUCGGGGACAAGUCCACCACCAUGUCUGGCGAUAAGGCUCGAGACUUGCUCUUGCGAUCUCGGCUCGACGGCGACUCCCUGUCCCACAUCUGGACUCUCGCUGACACUACCCGAGCUGGCGAGCUAUACUUUCCCGAGUUUGCGCUUGCCAUGUACCUUUGUAACUUGAAGCUGACCGGCAAGACGCUGCCCUCCACUCUCCCCGACAACAUUCGCAACGAAGUUUCGAGCAUGGUGGACAUCAUUGGUUUCAGCGUGGUUGAGGAUGGGCCAUCUUCGACGACUCCCACGCCAGCGGGCAAUGCACCGAGCUUUAGAGCUGGCAACGCCUCCCCACCGACUAUCCAGCAGCCCCAACCCCAAGCGUCCAACUCUCAACUCCUCCAGACGCAGAUGACGGGCUUCCCAGGACAGCAGACCGGGUUCGGCAAUCAGCCCCAAGGCUUUCAGCCUCAGCAGACCGGCUUUCAGGGCAUGCAGAACCCGCAACCUACUGGUUUUGCCGGGCCGCGGCCACCGAUGCCACCGAUGCCACCGAUGCCCACUGGGUUCGGCCAGCCUCCCUCUGGCGGGAUGGCGACUCCUCUCAACGCUCAGCCUACGGGACGGCCCGGGCAAUGGGGCCUCGUUAACGCCCCAUCCACUGGUCUGCCGAAUAUCGACGCUCUUCAAGCGCGCAUGAUGCCGCAGCAGGGUCGCGAGGCUGGUUCGUACACUACUCAGGGCCUGCAAGGUAAUGCUGUCAUUCCUUGGGCCAUUACAAAAGAGGAGAAGACCCGAUACGACUCGCUGUUUAAGGCUUGGGACGGUCUGGGCAAGGGCUACAUUGGCGGUGACCAGGCUAUUGAGAUCUUCGGCCAGAGCGGUCUCGAAAAGCCCGAUCUCGAAAGGGUUUGGACCCUCUCAGACAAUGGGAACAAGGGGCGCCUGGACCUGGACGAGUUCGCCGUUGCCAUGCACUUGAUUUAUCGAAAGCUCAACGGCUACCCGCUUCCAAGCACCCUGCCUGCGGAGCUGGUUCCGCCCUCGACAAGAAACUUCAACCAGUCCAUCGGCACGCUCAAGAACAUGCUGAACCAAGAGUCCGAUUUCCGAAAGAACUCGGGCGCCGCACUGCUGCCGCAGAAGACUGGAGUCAGCUACAUGAAGAACCGGUCGUUCAGGGGUGGUGCUGGCAGUGCAGCUGCUGCGCGGAAAGACGCGACAGUCUUUCGCAAUGAUGACGAGGACUUUGGAUAUAGGUCCAGCGCGCGCCGCAGGAUGGGCGAUAGCUCUGUCCGUUCCGACUCUCCCGCAUCGGUUGCGUCUAGCGACGACUUGACCUUGGAUCAGCUCCGCAAGAAGAUCAAGGAGAAGCAGGUUCUCCUCGAUGCCAUGGACUUCGCGGACGAGAAAGGCAACGAAGAAGACGAUCUUUUGGACAGACGCGAUCGUCGCGAGGCCGAGGAGCUGUACCGCCGCAUCAGACGCAUGCAGGGCGACAUUGAUGCGCACCCGGAUGCCGCACUUGCCAGUGGCGACUCUGACGCUGAGCGGAGGGCGCUGAAGCGGCAGCUCCAGAACCUUACCGACAAGAUACCGGAGCUCGCUUCCCAGGUCCGCAAGACCGAGAAGGCGAUUAUGGAGGCGAGGCUCGAGCUUUUCCGCCUCAAGGAUGCCAAGGCGCACCCGAGCAGCGGCGCUCCGAUCGUCGGCACCGGCCCCGGAGGCGCAGUGACGGAGUCGGAUCGCCUGAAGGCUAGAGCCAAGGCGAUGAUGCAGCAGCGAGCUGCCGCUCUGACUGGCAAAAAGGUCGACGUCGGACCUGAAGAUCAUGACGCGCCCAAGCGGCUGGAAGAGGAGACGAUCAAGGCGAAGAGCGAGAAGGAGGCCAACGAGAGCAUGGUGCGCGACGUCGAGGAAAGCGUGCGCGACUUUGCACGUGGAAUCGAUGACAGCCUCAAGGACGGUGGCAAGGACAACACGAGUGAGCAUGAGAAGCGGCGCUGGGAGGACGGCCUAGGUGUGGAGGACGAAGUCCGGGACUUCAUUUUUGACCUGCAAAGGGAGAGCCGAGCCGCGCGCCUCCGUGCUCAGGACAAGCCAGCGGCUUCUCGGUCGCCCGCCGCCGCCGCCGAGGCACCACGACCGGAACGUGUGGCAAGUCCCCGCGGUGAGAGCAUGGAAAGCCCGGCGUCAACAUCUCGCACGGCCACGCCACCCGCUGCUGGUGGCUCGUACGCAUCCUACAAGACCCCCGAAGAGCGAGCCGCUUUCAUCAAGCAGCAGGCCGAGCAGCGCAUGGCUGAGCGCCUGGCCGCUCUUGGCAUCAAGGCUCCGUCAAAGUCGGGCGAAAGCGCCGCUCAGCGUGUCGAGCGUGAGAGGGCAGAGCGAGCGGCUAAGCUACGACAAGCGGAAGAAGACGACUCGCGCAGGGAAGCUGAACGUCAGGCCCGCCUUGCGGAGGAGCAAGGCGUUCCCCCUCCGGCCCCUGCCACGGAGGUUUCGCAAGGCUCCGCCAAACGGCCACCGCCGCCUCCGACCAGAAAGGGUGCCAAAGCCGAGAUCGACAAUACAAAGAAGGCCGAGGACGAGCAGGCCAUACGUGCUGCGGAGGAAGCAAGACUUUCCGAGGAGCAUGAGAAGCAACAGCGUGAGACGCAAGUUAUGGAGGAAACGGCCAAAGAGGAGGAGGACGAGUUUGAGAAGGAGCAAAGGGCCGCCGAGACUCGCCUGAAGGCGCUCGAGGAGCAGGUGAGACAGGGCAAGCUGAGAAAAGAGGAGGAAAAGAAGAAGAAGAAGGCUGCCAUGGCCGAGGCCAAGGAGAAGGAGGCCAAGAUGGCGGCGCGACGCGUCGAAAUUGAGGCGGCAAAGAAGCGCGAACUGGAGCUUCAGCGCCAGCUGGAAGCCAUGAACGACGAUAGCUCCUCGGACGACGAAGGCCCGGAGCAGAAUACGCCGCAGGAGUCGACCCCGACGCUUGGGGGCAGCCAAAUCAGCCACCACGAGCACGAGCGAAGGCCCAGCCCUCCACCAGCGGGGGCGGCCACAUCUCCGCCUCCUCCCGCGGUCGUCACCUCGCCGCCCGCAGAGACGGAGAGCAAGAACCCGUACUUCAAGAUGAUGUCGCAUGCCUCGGAGGCGUCGUCGCCGGCAGUUUCCACGGACGCUGCCCCCGUGACGCGACCGCCUGUCCCCGCGACGGAUCCAUCUACAAACCCGUUCCACCGCAUGACACAGGAGAACAAGGCCCCCCCUGCGGCGCCGACUGGCCCCAUCACGCGGAAGAGGGCUGACUCGGAGGACUGGGGCUCAAGCAAGGACGACGACGACGACGACGAUUCGGACGAUGACCGCCCGGGCGGCGGCAAUGCUGCCCAACUCGCAUCGAUCCUCUUCGGCACCAUGGCUCCGCCCAGGCCGUUGUCAGCAGCAGGGAAAGAGUCGACUCCGGCGAGCCCAGCGCCCACCAACGACGCGCCCAUCGCGUCUCCUCCACCUCCUCCCCCGGUGCCUGCCUCGGAGGCUCCUGCUGCCCCUCCACCUCCACCGCCGCCGCCUCCGAUGGCGGAAGGCGGUGCGCCGAUGUCUCCCCCGCCGCCGCCGCCGCUGCCGAUGCCCAGUUCCGACGCGCCUACAGCGCCGCCGCCACCGCCGCCUCCGAUGCCGACGUCUGGUGCUCCCCCACCGCCGCCAAUGCCCGGGGCCGGUGGUCCGCCACCGCCUCCCCCUCCCCCUGGCGACGCGCCGGCUCCGUCGCCCUCGGGCGGCCGCCCUGCAGGCUUCCUAGGCGAGAUUCAAAUGGGCAGGGCGCUCAAGAAGACGACUACGAAGGACAAGAGCGCCGCGGCGGUUGCGGGUCGGGUGCUGGACUAGACUGGCACGCGCGGGAGACUGUUACUGGGAUGUCCGGUUGGCUUUGUUGUCGGGCUUCAGCCGUUAGCGCGUCCGUGGAUUGCGGUUGGGCUGCCAGGGUCAAGGAUGACGAUGGGUGAGGGCUCUGGCGGCCGCCGCAUGAUUGUCUAAUUUGCAAACAAAUCCAAGGUUUACAUACUCUCUUAUACAAUACGUGCGCAGUGUUAUAGAUGCGAUGCAUGGUGUUUGUGAGAUCGAGAUCGUUGCAAAGUUGGCCGAGGACAAAGGCGACGCACGCACAGACCGCAGGACGUACGGGGCGGCCGGCCGCGCCAACAGGACAGGACAGGGACCUCGGGACCGCGAGAGCGCCUUCAUUGAUGGCGACCAGGCGGGCCUGUCAGGCACCGACCGAGUCGUUGAUGCGAGGUGGCUCUGGCACGCAGUGCGCGGGGGCCACAUCGCGGUC